AGUAUGAAUUUGGUGAAAUUGAUUAUGGAUAUCAAAUAUGGAAAACAUAUAUGUGGAAAACAUAUAAAAAGGAAGUAAAGUUUUGUCUUUUUGGAAGUUAAGUUUAUCAUGUCAGUUCAUAAAGAAACGAAAACUUAUACUUCUCCAGACGGAACUACUACCACAACCACAACAACUACGUCAUAUAGUAGUAGUAGUAGUAGCGGUAAUAUUCCUAAAGACUUCCAAGAAUUUACUAGUCAUUUUAAUGAGGAUCCCUUUACCUCUGAUUUCUUUAAGAAAUAUGUAGAAACCAGCGUGCCUUCUCAUGGUCAAAUUAAAAAAGUAAAAUAUCAAAAACAAGAGCAACCAAACGAAGACUUACCGGAUGAUUAUAGUUUAUUUGUUAAACCAACCGAAAAAGUCGAUUUUCAGACAUCAACUUGUACAGGACGUAAAAGAGCUGUUUUAAUUGGAAUUAAUUAUUAUCAUUCCGAAUAUCAAUUGAGGGGUUGUAUCAAUGAUGUCAACAAUAUCAAAAAGUUUUUGACAGGACAUUAUGGAUUUGAAGAAUCAAAUAUGAAAAUACUAACCGAUGAACAAUUAGAUCCGGAAUUAUUUCCGACAAGAGAAAAUAUUAUUAAAGCAAUAAAAUGGCUUGUACACGAUCCACAAGAAAACGAUUCAUACUUUUUCCAUUAUAGUGGGCAUGGAGGACAAGUUAAAGAUGAGGCUGGGGAUGAAGAAGAUGGAUAUGAUGAAACUAUUAUGCCAGUUGAUUUUAUGACAAAUGGACAAAUUAUUGAUGAUGAAUUGCACGCUUUGAUGGUUGCCCCCCUUCCAAAAGGAGUAAGGUUGACUGUUAUAUUCGAUUGUUGUCAUUCGGGAACUGUACUUGAUUUACCAUAUGUUUAUUCCACUCGUGGUGUUGUCAAAGAAUCAAACAUUCUUUCUUUGGGAAGCAAAAGCAUUAUAAAUGCAGGUUUUAGUUAUAUUAAAGGUGGUGUUAUAAAAUCAAUUAAAGAAAUUAAAAAUGCUGCAACUGAGUAUCAGAAAAUUCGUCGUAAGAACAUCGAGACAAAGGGAAGCCCUGCUGAUGUCAUUAUGUUCAGUGGAUGUAAAGAUGAGCAAACUUCCGCUGAUGCACAAAUGGCAGGUGAACAGGUAGUCACUGGCGCUAUGUCACAUGCUUUGGUCACAUCGUUAAAUAAAAAUGCACAUCCUACAUAUCAAGAAUUAUUGAAUUCAAUUCGUGAGGUUCUCAAAACUAAAUAUGCUCAAAAACCUCAACUUAGCGCAUCUCAUGUAAUGAACAUGAGUGAGAAAUUUACCAUGUAGCAUAAAUAAUUGUAUGGUUUGCUCAUUGUAUUAAUUUUUUUUUUAUUUUUUUUAUUAUUAUUUAUUAUGAUUAUGAUUAUAUAUAUUUCAUAAAUGGAUUAUGUCUUCAUAAUACAGUAUACGUAUAAUAAAACUACUGUAUACAGACAACUCUGAAAUUAUACAAUAGUGGAAAAGUAAAUUUUAAAUUUUAUUAUAUUUAUUAUAUCGAAUAAUAUUGGUAUACCAUACAUAUGUAUUAAAUAUUUAU